AUGACUUCCGCCCCAGCACAGACAAACGGCGUCAUACCCUCGGCAACGGCACCCUCAUCGCAAACCGCUCCUAUCCCGCAAUCUGCCAAUGCUGCCGGCCAACCUGCUGGUGGACCGACCCCGGCCCAAACCCCCAAUACCUCCGAUCCGCGACCUCGCGAUUCGCGCCUCAUUGAGCUCCUCCUCACCUCGCAAGGCGUCACGGCCUACGAGCAGCGGGUCCCCCUCCUGCUCCUCGACUUUGCCUACAGACACACAUCUUCUGUCCUAAACGAUGCUCUCCACCUCUCCGGCGACCCCUACGUGGCGCAGGCGGGCGCGAAACCGUCCGCCUCGUCUGGAGCAACGGCCCUGGCCGCAGGCGAGGCCCCCAUCACAGCCAACGGCGUGAAAUUGGCGAUUGGUGCCCGUCUAGGCUACCAGUUCCGUGGAGGAAGCAGCGGAGGCGGCAUCAGCAAAGAAUACAUGCAAGAACUGGCCCGCGAGCGGAACAAGGUCGCCUUGCCAAAAAUUGUCCCCAACGAGUGGGGAAUUCGCCUGCCCAGCGAGCGGUUUGUUCUCAGCGGAACGAGCUGGGGCCUGAAGGAUAUGUGGGAUGAGGCCGAGGAUUAUGACGAAUUUGAAGAAAGUGGCAAUGGAGGCGAUGCGAUGGAGGGUGUGGAAGGGCCCGACCUGGAAGACGUGGGUGGUGAUGGCAUAGAAGGAGGAACUGUUGAGGAUGUUUUCGGUGACGACGUCGAUCAGGAAAUGGCAGAGUAA